AUGAAUGAGUAUUCAACAGCAUUAUCAUCUCAUGAAAAAGCAAUAGAAAUCUAUCAAAAGAUCCGACAUUCAAAUCAUUCGAAUCUAGCUGAUACAUACAUUAGUAUUGAUACAAUUUGUCAAAUAAUGAAUAAUCAUUCAAAAGCACUUCUAUGUUACGAAAAAGCAAUGAAAAUCUAUAGAAAAACGCUUCCACGAAAUCAUCCUAGUUUUAUUAUUCUUUACAAUAAUAUUGCAUUGGUAUAUGGUUAUAUGGAAAAAUAUUCGACAGCUCUUUCAUUUCAUAUGAAAGCGUAUGAAAUUCGACAGAAAAUAUUCUUAUCAGAUUAUAUCGAGAUAGUUGAAUCUUGUAAUAAUAUCGGUUUGGCAUAUUCUUAUAUGGGUGAAUAUUCCAAAGCACUCUUAUAUCAUGAAAAAGCACUUAACAUUCAACAGAAAAUUCUACCUGAAAAUCAUUCCGACUUAGCUAUUACUUAUAGUAACAUUAGUUCAAUCUUUCGUUGUCUAGGCGAUUACUCAAAAGCACUUUCAUCAUAUGAAAAAGUACUUGAAAUUCAGCAAAAAAAUCUACCAUCGAUUCAUUCUGAUUUAGCUUUCUCCUUUAAAAAUAUCGAUAUAUCAACACAUACUCUCUCUCCAGAUGAUUUUGAAUUUGCUGAUUCUUAUUAUAAUAUUGGCUUAGUAUAUCAACAAAUGGGAGAUCAUAUAAAUGCACUUAUAUUUUUUGAACGUGCUUUAAAUAUUAUGCAACAUUCAUCAUCUGAGAAUCAUCCAAGUCUUCAAAUAUUUGAAGAACAUAUCAAAAGUUUAAAAGAAUAA